AUGAAAAGUGCUAACUUCUUUACUAUUGCUUCACUUGCAAGCGUUGUUUUGGCCGAUCUUCCAACCUUCACAUCGACUAUAGUCUCAAGCUCUUGUUCAUUGGGUCCAUCAACUUUCAAAUUUUCGAAUGAUAGCGCUCCAGUAACUGCCGCCGCCGUUUCUGAAGGUUCAACCAUUGCUAGCUCCGAACCACUUCCUCUGGAAGAGCCAUCUCCAAGCUCUGAAGAUGUCAUUUACGAGACUGAGGUGAUUACUAACGAUAGUGUCUUCACUACUGACAGAAUUGUUUGUAAUGGUGGCUCCUGUUACACAACCACAGGCCUUGAAACUUGGACAACUACCACUGCCACUGUUGAUGGUGUGUUAACAACUUUUGUGACUCACGUCCCCGUUUCUUCAUCUGCUGACUCGGUGACAUCAGAGGGCUCCGGCUUGACGGAGGCUUCAGCUGUGACGAAGACAGACGUUGAUACAACGGUCGUCACUAUCACUUCUUGUUCUGACAAUAAGUGUACACCAACUGCUGUUACAACAGGUGUGACCAUAGUUACAUCCACGAUCAAGGGCGAGGAGACUGUUUACACUACCUAUUGCCCAAUAAGUUCUGAAGAGGCUCCAACAUCCUCUGUGAAGCCCCAAACUGUCCAUUCUACUACCGUUGUCACGGUCUCGUCAUGUUCAGAAAAUAUCUGUCAUUCUUCUGCCGUGACUACAGGUGUUACCCAAUUGACCACGACAAUCCAUGGGGUAGAGAGCAUCUACACGACCUACUGUCCAAUCGAGCCUACCUCCAGCGAAAUUCCUCCUGCUCCUGAGUCAACCUAUGUUCCCCCUGCACCAAAGGAAGAGACUCUCUCCAAGACGGAGUAUGUCACUGUCACUACUUCCGAAACUCAGAAGUCCCAACCCCCUGCUCCUUCAGGUACUGUCAAUGUAAUUACGAACAACAUUGUUACACAGUACUCAACUUCCUCUUCUGACGUUCCAGUGUCUACUAGCUCGGUUCCACUCGUCUCCACUUACGAAGGCGGUGCAGCACAAGCAGUUCCAGCCAUUAUCGGAGCAGUGCCUAUUCUCCUUGCUCUCAUGUGA